UUUUCUGCUCUUUGGAAUCUUUAUCCUUUCCAUUUCUUUUAGAUCCGAUCGUCUCGAUGUGGCUGAUGAUUGGCUUAUUCCCAGAUCCAAUCGAUUCAUUUUAUCUCCUUUCUUCUUUCAUCAUUAUCCUUUUAUGACUAGAAGGAGUUUCUCUGUUUCACCUACUACGUCACAAGAAAACAUGAUGGGAGACUCCUCGAGUUCAAGCUCUUGGAGCAGUCAAACGGAUACUCAGGAUGAUCGGAUGAUUGCUCUUAUGUUAUCUGAAGAAUACACUAAACUAGAUGGUGCAGUAGGCAGACGCCUCUCCAAUCUUGCUCCCGUUCCCCAUGUUCCGCGGAUAAAUUCUUAUAUUCCCAACUUAAAUGAUGCCACCUUGGAUCACCAACGCCUUCUUCAAAGGCUAAAUGUUUAUGGUUUGUGUGAGUUGAAGGUCUCUGGUGAUGGAAACUGCCAGUUCCGAGCUCUUUCUGACCAGUUGUACCGAUCUUCAGAGUACCACAAGCAAGUUAGGGGAGAAGUUGUUAAACAGCUCAAGGACAAUCGCACUAUAUACGAAAGUUAUGUUCCGAUGAAAUACAAACGGUAUUACAAGAGGAUGGCAAAACUUGGAGAAUGGGGAGACCAUAUUACCCUACAAGCUGCGGCAGAUAGGUUUGCAGCAAAGAUAUGCCUGCUGACAUCCUUCAGAGACACUUGUUUCAUUGAAAUUAUGCCUCGAGACCAAGCACCUAAGCGUGAGUUAUGGUUAAGUUUCUGGUCAGAGGUGCAUUAUAACUCUUUAUACGAUAAUCAAGCGGUUCCAGUUCAGCAGAAGCCAAAGAGAAAACAUUGGUUGUUCUAGAAAGCAAGCCUCUCACAUUGAUAACAUCUUCGUAUUACAUAUUCUUUCAGUAUUGUGCAUAAGUCAACAGUUUCAGACGCCGUAACUCUUCCUUCAUACUUGUAUACACACGAACUAGCUUGAGAUAUAACAUUUUUAAGCCAAACAAAAUAUUACCAACGAGAUAUAUA